AUGGCGGAAGACCAGUCAGAAAAACUUCGGGGUUCGGUGGACAUGGAGACUCCUGUGCUGUCUACGCCUUCGGAUCCCCGCCCAUCCUCGCAGAACCACGAAGUACGCGGGCCUCUACCGACAGACUCGAUGGUGACCGUGCCACUCUCGGAUAGGCAUACGGGGCCCAGGAUAUCGGGGGAGGGACCCUCGUUAUCUGAUGCUGUAUACUGCCCUGACAGCGUCAGCACCGUAGGCUUCGAGCUGGGAAGCACGGAUGAAACACAGGAUGAGCAAGGGCUCGUUGAAGACGACAUCAGACCAGCCAUGGAAGAGCCAGAGGAGCUCGAGGAGCUCGAAAAGCCACUGCCAGAGUCAGAGCCACACUCAAGGACUCCGUCGGCAGCCUCUUCCAGCAAAGCACGAAGCAUCAACGGGACCGAUAAGCCAGACACGGAGGAUAGCCGCAGCGUUGACUGGGCCGGCUUGGAGGAAACGGAAGUCAACGAGUCCAAGGCAUCAGGGGAUGAUGUCUCGACAACGUUGCUCCUCGCACGACUAGAGCAGGAAAACAAUGCUCUAGCCACCGACCCAAAGUCGGCAUCCGCAAAAAAGGCAUCACUCCGCAGCUCCAGACCGCCCUCCAUCCAGCAGCUAAAGGACCUAGUCAAUGACCCUCGAUCUUCACUGCGGUAUUCCCAGCUGCCGGCUCCCCAGAUGACCGAGCUGGAGUUUUGGGCUGCGCUGGUUGCCGAUUACCCUCGCACCGCCCAACGGCUACCCACCCUCACCUCGCAUAAGAUUCGAGGGGGUGUCCCGCCGCCGCUUAGGGGUGUCGUCUGGCCGAGCAUAGCUGGAGCUCGAGAUUCACAUCUCCAUGACGAAUUCGAAAAGCUAUGCGGUGAAACUAGCCCGUACGAGGGUCUCAUUGGCAAGGAUAUCGGACGAAGUUUCCCCAACGUGGAGAUGUUUCGAGAUCCGCUUGGGGAAGGCCAACAGAUGCUAGGCAGAGUACUCAAGUGCUUCAGCCUUUACGACAGCAAGAUCGGCUACUGCCAGGGCCUUGGCUUCGUCGUUGGCCCGUUGCUGAUGCAUAUGAGUGAAGCAGAGGCUUUCUGUGUCCUUGUCAGACUGAUGGACCAUUAUGACUUGCGAUCCUGUUUCCUGCCAACUUUAUCCGGCCUCCAUCUCCGUAUCUAUCAGUUCCAGUCGCUCCUUUCGCAUCACGCGCCGGAACUUUACGCCCAUCUUGAUGCUCUCAAAAUAGAACCAGUCUAUGUAUCACAAUGGUUCUUGUCGUUCUUUGCCGUUACUUGCCCACUGCCUAUGCUUCUUCGAAUAUACGAUGUUCUCCUUCUCGAAGGAGCCUGUGAGACCUUGAUGCGUGUCGCCCUAUCCCUUAUGCAACGUAACCAGAAUCGGAUUCUGGCGUGCACGGAAUUUGAAGACGCCAUGCAACUGCUGCUAUCUCGGAGCUUAUGGGAUCCGUACGCAUGCAAUGCCGAUGAUCUAGUUGCGGACUUUGUGUCACUCACCUCAUUAGUGACGCACGAAAGCCUGCACGCUCUUGAGGUGAAGUAUCAGGAGGCCCAGGGUAAUGCACAAAGCGUGUCGCUCCCUCAGCUUCAAGCUAUCGCUUCGCGAUUCCUCGGCCGAUUCUGGGCCGGGUCCAGCUCGCACAGUUCUGUGAAAUCGGUUGCCCAGAGUCCUGAUAUUCCAACGCCUGGAUCAAGCCCACUUAUGGGUGUUACCCGUACCCCGUCAAAGCAGAGCAUGGCUUCAACUCUCAAUUCCUUAGAGUCGUCGACCUCAGAUGCCAGCACCGCUCCAACUGAGGCUUCAACCCCUCCGAGCUCCAGUAUCGAGCAUGCAACGCCAAAGCCAAAACCACAGCGUCCGCAUAACAGUGACAAGGAUUUACACUCCCAGAUAGAGGACCUCCUCAUUGCCCUUACGGACAUGCAGCGAGAGCAGGCAGCGCUCGCUAAGCAAUUACAACAAGAACGAGAGGAGCGCAAGGAAGACCAGCUGGUUUCUGCUCAAAUGCUCUCCCUCAUCAAAAAGUUACCAACUGAUCAGCAAGACGCCGAGCUCAUUGUCAAGGCUGAUGAAAGGUUCUCAUCAACAGAGCCACGACGCAUGUCGAUGGUGCAGACCAAACAACAGCUUCUCGACGACGUUGAAAUGUGGAAAGGCAAAUACGAACUUGAAUCGACCAGGUGUCAGGGCAUGGGUAGGACUAUUGAUGAGCACGAGCAACAGAAUAAUCAGCUUAAAGACCAGCUGAAAGAGGCUCGGGCCCGAGUACAAGAUUCUCACAGGGAAAAGCAGCGGCUUGAACGAACAAUACAAGAGCUACGGACAAGAAAGCCGCCUCUUUCCAAGAUCCAGACCGAGCGGCCUGAUUCGGUUGCAUCAGAGGACGAUAAGUCUGCUAAUGGCCUACGAGAAUUUAAACUUGGAAAAGCCAGCUCACCCAAGUCCACCACAUUUUCGAAGCGUACCAGUAGCUUGGGAGCUCCAAAGUCGCUUGCCGGCGACGAAGAAGGCCUCCUUCUGGAGCUUGUGAACUCGAAGACGUCCGAAGCGAUCGCGCGACAGGAGCUCGAGGAGAUGAAGGUUAAACUGGAAACUCUUAAGCGGCUGGUGAGUCGUUCUGCGGCCGCAACUUCGCCUUCUACUCCAGGCGACACCAGCCCUAGCAUCUUGGUCACAGGAUCGAAGACAGCACCAGAUAUAACAGCACCGCCGAAGUCGCCAAAUCCAUCCCCGUCCGUCGGCUUCUUUACAGGAUGGACCAGACGCACAACGUCGACCACCAGCGCAGUCAUUCCCGACUCCAAGUGA